UCCCAAACCCGCUUGCGAACUCAUCGUCCUCCAAAACCCGAAACCUCUCGAUGGUCGCAGCUUCAUAGCUGGCUGGCGAAGAAGAAGCAUGAGUUUGAUUCUUUUUUAUUUCUUGUUAUUAUUAGAACCUUAAGCAUUUUCUCGUUCCAAUUCUCAAUUUUCUGUUUGGUUGUUUUUUUUUGUUUUUUUGUUUUUUUUUUCUACUGAAGUUACCUUUGCAUGGCUCAGUAUGAGUCAUUUUCGGUUGACAGGUUUUUUCUAAGAGGAUAGCAGCAAGAGAUCGAGCUGUUGUAUUUUGGAGAUUAAACAUGUCGGAUAUUAGAAAGUGGUUUAUGAAAUCCCAUAACAAGGGAAAUGACAGUGCAUCGAAAGCUGACAGCACUCUACAGAGCAACUCCGAUCCUUCAGCAAAAGUUUCAAAGCCUGCAUUGACCAAGUUGGAGCCAGUGCAGGGAGGCCAAGAAAGUUCCGGAAGAAGGAAGACUAGCAAGUAUUUUGCUACUGACAAACAAAAGCCACAAGAUGAAAAGAGAGUCGAGGAAGUUCCAGUCAAGAGAAAACUUCAGAAUGAUUCUAAGGAAUCAUUGAAGCCCCCGCCUUUGAAGAAGCACAAUAAAAUUGAUGAUGAGGAUGACGAUUUUGUCUUAUCCAAAUCCAAAAAGAACCAUGAUGAUGCAACUCCCAGUAAGAAAUUGAAGAGUGCGUCAGGUAGAGGAGUUCCGCAAAAGACUGUAGAUGUUGAUCAAACUGAUGAAGAUGAUGUUAAAGAUGCAGCGUCUCCUUCCAAGCCUGGGGGAAGGGGCCGCGGGGGUAGAGGUGCACUUGGGGCACCAUCUGGUGGGAGAGGCCGAGGAGGUGGACGGGGUGGGUUUAUGAAUUUUGGGGAGCGAAAAGAGCCUCCACAUAAAGGAGAAAAGGAAGUCCCUGAAGGUGCGCGUGAUUGCUUAGCUGGUUUAACAUUUGUAAUUAGUGGAACACUUGACAGUUUGGAAAGAGAAGAAGCAGAGGAUUUAAUUAAGAGACAUGGUGGCCGUGUCACUGGCUCUGUCAGCAAGAAAACGAAUUAUCUUUUAUGUGAUGAAGACAUAGUGGGACGGAAAUCUAGCAAAGCCAAGGAACUUGGCACGUUGUUUCUUACAGAGGAUGGACUUUUUGAUAUGAUCCGUGCAUCAAAGCCUGUCAAAGCAGCGUUACAAGGAAAAUCAAACAAUUUGGUGGAAAAACCUGCUGCAUCUUUGACGAAAAAAAGCCCUUGUAAAGUAGAAGUGAAGAGUAAAUCUGAGGGUACAAAAGCAUCCAGUAAACGGUCGGCUUCGGAAAUCUCUACUCUGAAGCAAAAAAGGCAAACUACUCCUGAUUCUUCCCUGUCAUGGACAGAUAAAUAUAAGCCCAAGGUUCCAAACGAGAUUGUUGGAAAUCAAUCACUGGUUAACCAGCUUCAUGCUUGGUUAGAACGUUGGCACAAUCAAUUUUCUAAUGCUGGAAGCAAAGGGAAAGGCAAGAAACAAAGUGAUUCUGGUGCCAAGAAAGCAGUGCUUUUAAGUGGAGCACCUGGUAUAGGAAAAACUACAUCAGCAAAAUUGGUCAGUCAGAUGCUUCAUUUCCAGGCAAUCGAGGUUAAUGCUAGUGACAGUCGUGGAAAGGCUGAUGCUAAGAUCUCUAAAGGAAUUGGUGGAAGCAAUGCAAAUUCGAUAAAGGAAUUGGUUAGCAAUGAAGCGUUGGGUGCUGGCAUGGAUCGUUCAAAGCAUCCAAAAACUGUGCUCAUUAUGGAUGAGGUUGAUGGAAUGUCUGCUGGGGAUAGAGGUGGAAUUGCUGAUCUUAUCGCUAGCAUUAAGAUUUCAAAAAUUCCUAUAAUUUGUAUCUGUAAUGACCGCUACAGUCAGAAACUGAAAAGUCUUGUGAAUUACUGCUUGCUUCUCAAUUACCGGAAACCUACUAAACAGCAGAUGGCUAAGAGGUUAAUGCAAGUUGCAAAAGCAGAAGGCCUUCAAGUUAAUGAGAUUGCUCUUGAGGAGCUUGCUGAAAGAGUGAACGGCGACAUGCGCAUGGCACUAAAUCAGUUGCAGUAUAUGAGUCUGUCCAUGUCAGUGAUUAAGUAUGAUGACAUAAGGCGGCGCCUUCUUAGCAGCUCAAAAGAUGAAGAUAUUUCACCAUUUACAGCUGUUGAUAAACUGUUCGGGUUUAAUGGGGGGAGGCUGAGGAUGGAUGAGCGCAUUGACCUGAGCAUGAGCGAUCCUGAUCUAGUUCCUCUUCUUAUUCAGGAAAAUUAUAUUAAUUAUAGGCCAAGUUCAGUCAGCAAAGAUGACAGUGGGGUCAAACGUUUGGGCUUGCUUGCCCGUGCUGCUGAGUCUAUUGGAGAUGGAGAUAUAAUAAAUGUGCAGAUUCGAAGAUAUCGACAAUGGCAACUCUCUCAGUCUAGUUCAGUUGCAUCCUGUAUUAUUCCGUAUGUCUCCUUUCAACUUUACAAGAUAAAGUUAACUCUUUUUAAAUCAUUUUUUGGGACCCUAAAUCUGCUGCCAACACUAAUGCCAACAACAAGAGAGAGAAACGUCAUAGUAGCCAUUGGCUCAAUGCGAUCCCUUGCCAUUGGUAGAAGGGAGACUCUUCGACUUGAGCAUCUUACACUUCUUCUGAAACGGUUGACGAACCCACUUCGGAUGCUGCCUAAGGUUGGAAAUCCAUUUUCUUUCUUCAUUAUAUUAUGUAGAAUUCAUGAAUGUUUACUCAUUAGCAGGAGGACUUUGACACUAUGUGGGGUUAUCAAAGUUACAGGGACAUCCAAACCCGCUGGAGGUAUUGCACCAGCUGUGAAAGCGGCUUUGACGAGAGCAUACAAUGAAGGAAGUAAAUUAAGGAUGGUUCGUGCUGCUGAUUUGGUAUCUCUUCCGGGAAUUAAAAAAGCCCCUCGGAAGAGGGUGGCUGCAAUGUUAGAACCAUCCAAUGAUGGACCGAGCGAGGAGAAUGGUAGUGCAUUGGCAGAAAGUGAAGAAGAAAACACUUCAGAUGCUGAAGACUUGGGGACUACUGAUGGGGAGAAGCUGCAGACAGAACUUCAGAGUUUGAAUUCAAAAGGAAUCGAAGUCCAAGUCGACUUGAAGGGCACAGGAAAGUCAAGCGCCAAGAAGGCAUCAGCAGGCAGGGGAAAAGGAGGUUCUGCAUCCGCUGAGAAGAAAAGUGGCGGGCGAGGUUCAGGCGCUGCUGCUAAUAAGAGAAAGAGAUAAAGGGCUGCAGAUUAUUGAAACAAAAA